AUGAUGCAAUUAGGAUUCAAAAAAUUCAUCAUCUUUGGGAUUCUCACAUUUGUUUUACAAACGACAUCAAGUGAAGCUCUUGUUAAUGGAACAUCACUUAAAAAUGAAACAACAAAAGAUUACGAAGUCUACAAAAUUGACCUAAAGCCACUAAGUGAAGUUUUCUUAAUCGUUGUUGGAAUGGGACUUAUCUUUGCGAUCUUAAUGACAUUUAUGAUUUUUGUUUUAAUGUGUGCUUGCUUCGUUUGCAUGAACAAAUGUUGUGGUUCAAAGAAAUGUGAACACAAUUAUCCACCUCCGAGAAUCAACCGGGAAAGAAUUAGGGAUGUAAGAAAUCCAAGAGAUGGAACAGAAGUCAUGACAAGUUUAAUGUCUAGUGCGUAA